GAAAUCUUCACAAAAAUCAAUUACUCUCCUUCCCGUACAAACCCGACAAGCCCGAAAAAUGAAAACCCCGACUCUGCUCAUCGCCAUAACCCUAAUGGCAUGCUAUGCCACAUCCCACGUCCAUGCCGCCGCGUCAGCUUCUGAUGCCGCGCAAGUGCAAUGGUUCCCGUUCCCAUACCAUCACCACAGGGGAUGGCCAUUCCUCGGAGGAGCGUUGCCUCCCAUGCCCUUCCAUCCCAAGCCGUUCCAACCGAGCCCGAUCGUGACGAAAUGCCUGUCCCACGGGGGAGAGGUCAAGGCUUGCCACGACGAGAUCGUCGCCUCUUUCUUCGCGCGUAAGGCUGUUGUCGGGCCGCUGUGCUGCCAAGCCGUCAUGGCCAUCGAGGGGGAUUGCGAGCAGACCGUUUUCGGGUUUUUCCACAACCCUUUCUUCAACGCCUUCAUCAAGCAGCAUUGUUCUAACCAGUCUCCUCCUUCCGCUCCCACCCCGGCAUAGAUAGAUUAGUCUUCUUCUAUUGGCUUUAUGUCUUGUAAUAAUCAAAUGAUGCUUUCGUUUUGGCGGCUUCUUAGUUAGUGAAGUUAGUGAGUGAGCUUUUGUGUAACUCGAUUAGAUUUUGUUACACAAUAUUUAAAUAAAAGAUUUGU